AUGUUUACCAAAGCUAGAAAAUGGAUACAAUGGAUAGUGCCGAAUUUUGGAUUUUUGGCUAUCCAUUACUCGUAUAUCAUUGUUUUGGUGAUCAUAUGCUCGAUUUUGCUAUUCACGGGUGGUGCCAAAAUAGCAUACAUUGAUGCCUUAUUUUUGGCAAGUAGUAGCGUCACUCAAACUGGUCUCAAUACUGUCAAUUUGAUCGAUCUUACCACUUGGCAACAAUUUGUCAUCUUUUUUUUUCCUAUUGUGAGCGUCCCCAUUUGGAUGCAUGGCGCGAUUUCCUUUGUUCGCUUGUAUUGGUUUCGAAGAAAAUGCAGAUACGUGAUCAGACAAAAUCGUACUCGCCGUUUUCAACGUAAUGUUCGUCGUAAACAACUUAAACAAGAAAAGAAAAACGAGAAACAGGGUGUGAGGGGAAGAAAAAUUCAAGUUUUACUUCCUCACCAAGCAAAUGAUGAUUCUGAUCCAGCUCCUACUUUUGGUAACCCUGAUAUCACAUCCACUGAAUAUCCUCAAGAAGACCCUUCUUCUAACCCAGUGCCUAUAUCUCCAAAAGCUAUUCCCAAAGAACCAGAAACGGACACCCGUACAACACUCUCCAUUCAAGAACUUUCCGACAUAGAUUUGGAGGAUCCGGAAACCAAUAAUACUGUGGACCCUUCUUCGAAUCUUCCUUCCAAAAAAUUUGAUGUGGACGAGGAAAUAGAAAUGGACGAUCUUCAUCCUCGUUUACGAAGACAGAAUUCGGUUAUAACAGCUUUUUUAAAUAAUAAUGAUGAUGUUCAUGAAACUCAAUCGUACAGCGAGAAAGGAAUACCACCUGUUCCUAUGCCUUAUUGCCUUUCUGAUACAAAUUUGCUCAACUUGCAAGACACCCCCGUCGGUUCCAGUCUCCCCACUUCUAAUAAUAAAGCUUCUAUCACUAUUUACGAACCAAAAAAAAAUACAUAUUCUACGUCAGUCUCUUCCGAGUCAGAAAACCAUUCCCAGGAAGACGUCCAUAUAGCCUUUACUAAUCUUCAUAAACCGACUCUUGAGCGAAAACGUCAAGAAGAUUUAGUAGAAAAUAAAAAAUUCUUUCAGAAAAAGCCCACAAGGUUUAGACGGAUGAGUGCUCCCAUGCGCUGGACAAAAUCUCUGAGCGUGAAUCCUAGAAGUCUGACACUUGAAAGAGUUUUAUCCAGCGCCUUUGGCAGAAGAAGAGAAGGAACGAACUCCUCUUCCAGAAGCACCGUAAUGUCUUUACCCUACCUUUCUUACAAUCCGACGGUCGAUCGAAACUCUGCUUUUGUCGAGUUGUCGAGAGAGCAACGUGAUGAAUUAGGUGGUAUAGAAUAUAGGGCUCUUAAAUGUGUAUGCACUGUGGUUUCGAUAUAUUUUAUACUUACCAACAUCUUCGCUAUCGUUAUCUUCAUUGUUUUCUCGUAUACUGCUCACGGUUCUUAUUUAAUAAUCGAUUCUCUCGGCUUGAAAAGAGGAUGGUGGGCUCUGUUUACUUCUGUUUCUUCAUUUAAUGACCUUGGAUACUCGCUAGUACCCGCAUCAUUUUCACCCUUUAAUAAAAACAUUUUUCUUCUAUUAAUUUCUUCCCUUUUCAUCAUUGCCGGAAAUACAGGAUUUCCCGUUUUUUUACGUUUAUUCAUUUGGUUCUUCUACAAAAUUUUACCAUUAGGUCAAGAGAAAAAAGAAGCCAUGGCUUUUCUAUUAGACCACCCACGUCGUUGUUUCACUCUUCUAUUUCCAUCUGGAUCCACGUGGUGGUUAUUUUUCAUCUUGCUUGGUUUGAAUGCAAUAGAUUUGAUUUUAUUUAUGUCAUUAGACAUAAAAAAUGAAUCAAUAGUGGGCCUUCCUAGAGGUAUGCGCGUUGUCAAUGCCUUAUUUCAAUCAGUUUGCACGAGAACUGCAGGAUUUACCAGCAUCACUUUAUCCGCAUUACAUCCUGCCGUUUUAGUAAGUUAUUUAAUCAUGAUGUACAUAUCAGUUUAUCCUGUGGCUAUCAAUAUGAGAAAUACCAACGUUUACGAAGAACGAUCUCUUGGUGUAUACACUUUUGACGAAGAAGAGCAUAAGUCUUUUCUGAAAAAUCACUUGACUGAGCAAGUGAGUCAUGACCUUUGGUGUAUCUUCCUCGGGCUUUUUAUUAUUUGCAUAUGCGAAGGUGGAAAAAUAGCAAAUAAUAAUGAUACUGACUUUACAAUUUUCGCAGUAUUGUUUGAAAUCGUUUCGGCUUACGGAACCGUAGGUCUAAGUACUGGUUUAUCUACUUCUGCAUGUUCUCUUUCGGCAAGGUUUACAAAGUUAAGUAAACUUGUAAUCAUUGCUCUGCAAAUUCGCGGACGGCAUAGAGGUCUUCCAAGAGCUGUUGAUCGCGCUAUUUUACUACCUACCGAAAAAAAUAACCUAAAAGAAGAAGAAGAUCAUCGACGACGACAAGAAUUAAGCCGUACUAUAAGUUACUCAAGAGCAAGUGUUUCAAUACAUAGGGAUGAAUAA